AUGAAGUGCCUUUCUCGACUUCAGGCCAUUGAGAAGAAAUGGCAGCGGUACUGGAGCUCCAGGAACACCUUUAUGGCCGAGCCUCCGGUUGGCUCCGAUAGAGAUAAGCGUGACUCCAAGAAGUUUUUCGUGACUUUUCCUUACCCCUACAUGAAUGGCAGGCUCCACCUAGGCCAUCUCUUCUCUGCCACCCGUGCUGAGUUUGCCGUGGGCUAUCAUUUGAUGAGGGGCGACAGUUCUCUGUUCCCGUUUGGCUUUCACGUAACAGGUAUGCCCAUCUGUGGGGCGGCUAAAAAGCUUGCCGAUGAGAUAGAGCACUAUGGUUGUCCACCUGUCCUACCGACUGCAGACAGUUUAGAGUUGCCCGGGAGUGUUACCGCCUCUGAGAAUGCCAUCGACAAAGUAGGUCAAUUCAAGGCUAAGAAGGCCAAGCUCAAUGCUAAGACGGUCUCCAAGUCGCAGUGGGAUAUACUUAUCGACCUCGGUGUCCCCGAGAAAGAGAUCCCCAAGUUCGUCGAUCCCUAUCAUUGGGUUAAGCAUUUUCCUGCUCUUUGUUAUAAAGAUAUGUGCAAGUUUGGAGCGCGGGUGGACUGGAGGCGCUCUAUGAUCACAACGGAUGCUAAUCCAUACUACGAUUUAUUCGUUAAAUGGCAGUUUAGAAAGCUUUACCGUGAUGGAUACAUCAAGUUUGGAAAGAGAAACUGCAUAUGGUCUCCCUUAGAUGGCCAGGCGUGUAUGGAUCAUGAUCGCUUCUCAGGUGAGGGGGUACAGCCACAAGAGUACAUAGGCAUCAAGCUCGAGCUUAUAAAUUAUACCACUCUUCUGGAAGAGCAGCGUGAACAACAACAAGAGGGAGAGGAGGAAGGUGAUGGCAUGGAUGAUAGUCUGGCAGAAAAGCUGAACAUUAAGCUUCCGCGCUUUUAUAGCAAUCCUAAAAACAAAGCAAUAUUUGAUCAGCUCUGGGAGAAUCAGGUAGAUAACGCUAAAGUUUAUCUCCUCGCUGCUACGCUCCGUCCUGAAACGAUGGUUGGCCAAACUAAUUGCUGGGUCUUGCCGACAGGGAGGUACGGGGCAUACUAUAUUAAUAAGGAUGAGGUAAUCAUCGUUUCAGAACAUGCCGCCGUGAACAUGGCCCACCAAGGGUUGAACAACAACAAGCCGUUUGGAGAAUUGGAUUUUAUAUGCGAAAUAUCUGGUUCUGAUCUUCUCUUGGCUACCGUCCGAGCCCCUCUCAGUCCUUACGAGCAAAUCUUUGUUUUGCCUCUGGAGACAAUUAAGAUGGAUAAAGGAACAGGGAUAGUGACAUCUGUUCCUAGUGACGCGCCAGACGACUACGCGUGCUAUAAGGAUAUCCUCGAGAAUCGCAACGGAAUCGCCGAAAAGUAUGGAGUGGACGUUGGUCUGAUGCUUGAGCCAUACAGUCCUCUGCCAAUUAUAGAGAUACCCGACAUAGGGACUCUCUCUGCCGUGCGUCUUUGCGAGGAAAGCAACGUAUCCUCGUUACAUGAUAGAGCAAAGCUAACUCAGAUAAAGGAGAUUUGUUAUACCAAGGGAUUCUAUACGGGAAUCAUGAAGAUGGGCCCAUUUGCCGGCCAGUGUGUAAAGGAUUGCAAGCAAAGCUGCAGAGAUCUCCUCGUCCAAAACAAUCAAUGCAUAGUGUAUUCUGAGCCAGAGUCAGAGGUCAUUUCCCGCUCUAAUUGCGUAUGUGUCGUUGCUGCAGCUGAUCAGUGGUACCUCGAUUACGGAAAUGUCGCAUGGAAGGAUAAGGUGCGCUACAACAUCGAGAAGUAUUUAAACACCUAUCACGAUGAGGUGAAAAAUCAGUUUAAUCGUACAGUGGACGGGUUCAGAGAAUGGGCUGCCUCUCGUUCUUUUGGUUUGGGAACAAAGCUGCCUUUCGACGAGAGAUACGUCAUUGAGUCGUUAUCGGAUAGCACAAUUUACAAUGCCUAUUACACGGUUGCUCAUUACCUUCAGGGAGGAAGCUUGGAUGGAUCUACCAGUCUAUUUCCUGUCGAGAUUGUUGAUGACUCCUUCUUUGAUUAUGUCUUUGAUUUAUCCAACAAUCUUCCUGAAAAGUUCAUGGAAUACUUUAGUACUGAUCCAGCUGGAGCUGACCGUUUGCAUCAGCUUAAAAAGAGCCUUCUAGUUCCGGGAGUCAACUCUCAGAUAAUUCUUGCUAUUAGAUCUGCAGAAGACCUGCUCACUGCAAUGAGAGAGUCUUUUUGCUUCUGGUACCCUGUGGACUUGCGUUGUUCUGGCAAGGAUCUUAUUCCAAACCACCUGACGAUGAUGUUGUACAAUCAUACCGCUAUCUGGUCUGAUGACGAGGCAAAAUGGCCCAGAGGAAUGCGUGCCAACGGACACCUUCAGCUCAAUGAUGCAAAAAUGUCGAAGGCCACCGGGAACUUCUUGACAGCUGAUGAGGCCAUACGCAAGUACGGUGCAGAUGCCGUUCGAUUUGCCCUGGCUGACGCUGGUGAUGGGCUUGACGAUGCCAAUUUCAGAGAGGAAACAGCGAACAAUGCUGUUCUGCGUCUCUAUAAUCUCCUUGCAACCUGUCAAGAACUUCUAGCAGCCAGUGCCGUGUGCUACCCCGAGUCUUAUGAGGACAUUUACAGCACAAUUGAAGCAAGCUCUGCUGAUUGCAUACACGAAUGUGUCUUCCUGGCAUCUAUACUCGAUUGCACACUCCGUGCUUGUUCUGCAUUUGAACGAUGUAGUUUCCGGGAAGGACUUAUCAUCUCAUUCAACGAAUUGGGACACUCUCGGGACCAGUAUAUCCAUAGUUGCGAGACGAGAAGAGUGCCUUAUUGCCGCUUUCUCAUCGAAGAGUACGUCAGCACCCAAGCCAAGCUUUUGGCUGUUAUAUGCCCACAUAUUGCCGAAGAACUCAACGCAGAGGUACUUGGUAGGUCGAACUCCAUCUUCCGUGAUCCGCUCCAAUCUCAGGAUACACUAGCAGAGGCACUGAAGCAGCUGCGUGUGUUUCUCAAGAUUGAUGAAUACGUACAAGCUACAAUUGUGCGUCUGAAAAACUAUUUGGUGGACGUACUCAAACCUCGAAAAGAUGGAACUGUGAAGCUUCCCAAUGGUGCCAAGAUUGCUCAGGUUUAUGUAGCCCAAGACUGCCCUGAAUGGCAAACUCGUGUUGCGGAGUUUCUCUCUAGCAUGUAUUAUGACGAGACGGAGGAAUAUGGCGGAUUAGGCGCUUUGCCAAAAGAUGCCUCAUCCCGCGUGAGCAAGUACUGCAUAGACGUCCUAGAAACACCAAAGAAAGAUCUUCAGAAAGUCAUGAAGUACGCUGCACAACUCAUAUCUGCAUCCAAGACAGACGGCCCGGACGCGCUAGUAACAAAGCUGCCGUUCUCGGAACAUAAAGUCCUUUCUGCAUACAGUGAUGCAGUCAGAACUGGCCUAGGAGUUGAACAGAUUUCUUUCUACAUGGUUGGAGAAGGACCCGUGCCGCCUGAGUCUUGCAAAGCUGCUACGCCAGGAAAGCCAAUAGUAUUCUUUGAGUAA